AUGUCUUCCAACAUGAAAAUAGAUGAAAAUUUAGAUGGAGAGAGUAUUACAUUGGAGUCCACACUAUCAGAAACUCAUGCACCAAUUGCAAUUCAUGAAACUAUCCAAAGAGAGACAGAGAAUCAGCAAGAUUCAAAAACAAGCAUAACAAAAGGCAAAACCACCAACGUAGUCCCAUUUUACAAACUCUUCUCUUUUGCAGACUCUCUUGAUCAUGUAUUGAUGUUUGUGGGAACUAUUGGUGCUAUUGGAAAUGGACUGGCCACACCCUUGAUGAAUGUAGUCUUUGGAAAUUUGAUUGAUGCAUUUGGAAGAUCCACAAGCCCUGGAGAAGUAGUUCAUGAUGUUUCUAAGGUGGCCCUGAAUUUUGUAUACUUGGCUGUUGGUUCCUUCGUAGGAUCAUUUUUUCAGGUGUCUUGCUGGAUAGUCACUGGGGAGAGACAAGCAUCAAGAAUUCGAAAUUUAUACCUCAGAGCAAUUUUGAGGCAAGAUACGAGCUUCUUUGACAUGGAAGAAACUAAUACUGGCGAGGUUGUUGGAAGGAUGUCAAGUGACACAAUUCUUAUUCAAGAUGCAAUGGGUGAGAAGGUAGGACAGUUGAUACAGUCAGUGGCAACUUUCAUUGGAGGCUUUGUGAUAGCAUUUGUUAAGGGAUGGCUUCUAACCCUUGUCUUGCUAUCCUCAAUUCCACCUCUUGUCUUUGCUAGUGCUGUAAUGAGUAUUGUUAUUGCAAAAGUGGCAUCCCGUAGACAAGUUACCUAUUCUGAAGCAGAAACGGUGGUAGAACAGACACUUAGUUCUAUUAGAACUGUUGCAUCAUUCACUGGGGAGAAGCAAGCUAUAGCUAAAUAUAAUCAAUCUUUAGCAAAAGCAUACAAGAGUGGUGUGCAAGAGGGAUUGGUUUCUGGUUUUGGAAUCGGUUCAGUUUAUUUUAUUGUUUUCUGUGCGUAUGGUUUGGCUAUAUGGUUUGGUGGCAAAUUGGUAGUAGAGAAAGGGUACACAGGAGGGAACAUUAUGACCGUAAUAUUUGCAAUAAUGACAGGGUCCCUUUCUCUUGGUCAGGCAUCUCCUAGCCUCAGCGCUUUAGCUUCAGGACGAGCUGCGGCAUUUAAGAUGUUUGAAACGAUUAACAGGAAACCAGAUAUUGAUGCAUAUGAAACAACAGGUCAGCAGCUUGAUGAUAUUGGUGGGGACAUAGAACUGAGAGAAGUGAGUUUUAGUUAUCCUUCAAGGCCAGAUCAAGCUAUAUUCAAAGGAUUUUCUCUUUCAAUACCAAGGGGAACAACAGCAGCUUUGGUGGGGCAAAGUGGGAGUGGGAAAUCAACAGUUAUUAACCUGAUAGAGAGGCUUUAUGAUCCACAAGCUGGACAAGUUCUCAUUGACGGAAUCAACGUAAAAGAAUUUCAGCUUAAAUGGAUUAGACAGAAAAUAGGCUUGGUCAGUCAGGAGCCAGUUCUGUUUACCGGCAGCAUUAAAGAAAAUAUUACCUAUGGUAAGGAUGGUUCGACUGAAAAAGAAGUCAGAGAAGCCGCAGAUCUUGCCAAUGCUUCUGGGUUCAUAGAUAAAUUUCCACAGGGGCUCGAUACAAUGAUAGGUGAACGCGGAAUGCAGCUCUCAGGGGGUCAAAAGCAGAGAGUUGCUAUAGCUAGAUCAAUUUUAAAAGAUCCAAGAAUUCUUCUUCUUGAUGAGGCUACUAGUGCCCUUGAUGUGGAAUCUGAAAAAAUAGUACAGGAGGCACUAGACAAAAUCAUGAUAAACAGAACUACUGUUAUUGUGGCCCACCGCUUAAGUACUGUAAGAAAUGCCGCUACUAUAGCCGUUAUUCAUCAAGGAAAACUAGUAGAAAAAGGUUCACAUGUGGAACUCACUAAAGAUCCUGAUGGGGCCUAUAGUAAGCUCAUUAGUUUACAAGAGACUGAGAAGGAGGCAGAAGUACAGAAUGUUGCAACUGACUCUGACAGACCAGAAAAUAUUUCAUAUUCUUCAAAUCAAAGAUUUUCUCACUUGCAAACUAUAAGCCAAGUUGGAAACAGCGGUCGUCACUCAUUCUCAGUAUCACAUGCACUUUCUACAACAAUUGUUCCUCUGGAAACAUCUGGUUGGGAAGUUGAAGUUCCUCCUUUAGGAACCUCACAACAACCACCACCUCCAAAAGUACCACUUCGCCGCUUAGCUUAUCUAAACAAGCCUGAGAUCCCAGUCUUACUUAUAGGAACGAUGGCUGCAGUCGUAAAUGGAGCAAUAUUACCUUUGUUUGGAUUAAUGAUUGCCAAAAUGGUCAAUACUUUGUAUGAGCCUGCAGAUGAACUCCACGAAGAUUCAAAGUUUUGGGCAUUGAUUUUUGUUGUCCUUGGUGUGUCAUCUUUCUUAAUUUUUCCUACAAGGUCCUACUUUUUUUCCAUUGCUGGUGAGAAGUUAGUAAAGAGGGUGCGACUGUUGUGUUUUGAGAAAAUAAUUCGAAUGGAAAUGAGUUGGUUUGAUGAAACUGAGAAUUCAAGUGGUGCACUUGCAGCAAAGCUGUCCACCAAUGCUGCUACAGUUAGAGGUUUGGUUGGGGAUGCACUUGGUUUACUGGUUCAGAAUAUAGCUACUGCAAUUGCAGGCCUGGUGGUUGCAUUUCAGGCAAACUGGAGCCUCGCUCUUAUAAUUCUUGGUUUGCUACCUCUGUUGGGACUAAAUGGAUACCUUCAAAUGAAGUUUAUACAAGGAUUUAGUGCAGAUGCAAAGAAGUUGUAUGAGGAAGCAAGUCAAGUGGCAAAUGAUGCUGUGAGUAACAUUAGAACAGUUGCUUCUUUCUGUGCUGAAGAGAAGGUUAUGGACUUGUACCAAAAAAAAUGUGAAGCACCAAUUAAGGCAGGCAUAAAGCAAGGGAUAAUAAGUGGAGUUGGUUUCGGGAUGUCAUUCUUGUUACUGUUUUUGGUCUAUGCAUGCAGUUUCUAUGCUGGAGCAAAACUUGUAGGGGAUGGUAAAACAUCAUUCAAAGAAGUUUUUCUUGUCUUCUUUACCCUAAAUAUGACAGCUGUUGGAAUCUCCCAAUCUAGCUCCUUGGCCCCUGAUUCGGCCAAGGCAAAAUGUGCAGCAAUGUCUAUUUUAGCUAUUAUUGAUCGAAAAUCGAAAAUAGAUCCAAGUGAUGACUCUGGAUUGGAACUGGAAGAUGUUAAGGGAGAGGUUGAGUUUCACCAUGUUAGUUUCAAGUACCCCAGCAGACCUGAGGUUCAAAUAUUCAGAGAUUUUUGCUUGACCAUUCAUUCACGCAAGACAGUUGCACUGGUAGGAGAAAGUGGAAGUGGAAAAUCAACAGUUAUCUCAUUAUUGCAAAGAUUCUAUGACCUAGAUUCAGGUCACAUUACAGUUGAUGGAAUAGAAAUCCAAAAGCUUCAGGUUAAAUGGUUAAGGCAAAAAAUGGGCUUGGUAAGCCAAGAGCCUGUGUUGUUUAAUGACACGGUACGAGCUAAUAUCGCAUAUGGAAAGGGAAAAGAUGCAACAGAAGCAGAGAUCAUUGCUGCAGCAAAAAUGGCAAAUGCUCACAAGUUCAUUAGUAGUUUGCAGCAGGGCUAUGACACCGUUGUGGGGGAGCGAGGAUCCAGAUUAUCGGGUGGACAGAAGCAGCGUGUGGCAAUUGCAAGAGCAAUAUUGAAGAAUCCAAAAAUAUUACUACUAGAUGAAGCCACCAGUGCCCUUGAUGCUGAGUCCGAAAAAGUAGUUCAGGAUGCACUGGAUCGAGUUAUGGUUGACCGAACCACAAUUAUAGUGGCACACAGGUUAUCCACUAUUAAGGGUGCAGAUUUAAUUGCAGUGGUGAAGAAUGGGGUCAUUACAGAGAAAGGAAAUCAUGAAACAUUGAUCAACAAAGGAGGUCACUAUGCUUCCAUUGUAGAUUCAAAUCACUGAGAACAGAAUUACAAAAUUGAAAAAGACAGAGUACAUUAAGUGUAGAUUCAGAACGCAACCAAGUCUUAGAUUGAAGGAGAGAAACUAGUGUGCGUAUAUAUAUUGCUUGUACAUUAAACUUAUAUUUCACAACCUUUCCCACCUUUAGACUCCUUAAAGAGACUACAAAUUUUCACAGCAAAAGAAAGCUUUAGUGUUCAAUAUCUAGACCAAAAGUUCUUAAAAAGCUCAGCAAGAACUAUUUGCAAACACAAUAUUCUAAUAUUACUACAACAUAUAGACUAACAAUAACAAAUGGAUAUAAAUCAUCAUACAACAUUGAAAACUGAAAAGAAAGUAACCAAUUUUACUGGCUAAUGGUUAUAAGAAUAUCUAAUCAAAUAAAUUUGCAGUGCUUGUUAAAGGAACCCCAUCCUUACAUCAUUUCUCCAAUACUAAAUGCAAUGUUGUAUAUGAA